CUGCUACUUUUGUUUGGGUACGGAUCAUUCCUCAUUAAUUCUGCCCUCUCUCCGGUGCACUGUCCCUCUGCAAAAUGUCUGCCCACAGGGCAGCGUGAAAAACUGGUCAAACUGCUGUGUUAGCAGCACUGAAGUGACCUCCCCAGCGGGCAAACCUGGAGAGUGUGCAUGGAGGUCCUGGGGUGCCCAGACAUCAAGACCCCUCUCUUGGCCUCGCUGAUGGGGUCCAAAGGAAAGCAGAGAAAUGCUUUUGACACCAGCUUGGCUGCAGGAGUUGGUGGAAGGAGGUAUGGAAGGCGCCAUCCAACCACCUGAGGAGCUCCACUCUGGAUUUCUUCUCCCAAAACCUUCCACAAGUUUUAGGAUCAGAGUUUUCCUUCUUCUAGAUGGGCUACCUUCCCAGGUUGACGAGGCCCAUCUGCCCCUAUCACUGUACCACACUUUUUCUGCCUCAGGUGUCAAAAUGUCUUGGGAUUCUCUGGCUCUCACUACGAAGGAGAGAAUGCAAUCUCUGAGUGUUUUAGACCCAGGACAACCGUGAUUUUAACACGAAAACCAGCACCUUUUCAAGCCGGAAAAGGCAAUUCAAAUGCUGGAGGAUUGGUGUGAUGUGCUCUGCGUGACACACCCAUCCAACAGACGCUCAACUUCCUUUCAGCUCUGCAAGCCUGAACUACGAUGUGAUAGCUACUGGCUAAUUAUUAAUUUCCUUGCCUUGCUCUGCGCUUUCCGCACAGGGGUAGGGUAGACGCCUGAGGAAGUGCAAGAGAAGAGAAGUAAAAAGCUAGCAAAAGUACCACUAGCCCACUUCCUGGUUUGUCACGUUCCUCUCACCACAAAACUCCGGCAGUGGGCAGAGCAUGGUAUGUUUUCUUCAUGCUUGCUCUUUCUUGUCUGAGGAGCCUGUCAUGGCUUAUCAGCUGUUGAAACCAAAGUUCAUAUGUUGUUAUCGAUGGCAAGCUGUGUCACAGACACAUGAUGGCCGGGAAAUGGGAUUCAAGCACGAACAAGAGCAAUUUCCGUAAAAGAAGGAAUGGAAGCGGCCAGGUGUGGUGAGAGAGAGUCCGGACAGUGAAGUCCAUGAAGCUAGAUUUCCUACCUACGGUAACCUGAGGUCCUCGCUCGCUUCUAAGUUCUGCUGGUGAGCUAAAAUACCUUCAGUUGCUGUGGACAUUCAGCCGAGGAUGUCAGAAACCUCAAGACUGUAAUUCCUCCAGAUACAGAGAGACUCAUCAUUCUGUAUGAUCAUGAAUGGAGCCCACCUUCCCGUCUCUGACAGUUCCUGGGGCCUGGAGGCUCAGGUAGGAAUGCUGGGAAGAGAACCAUCUAGCAGCAGCAACUGCUAGAAAUGAAAUGAAGAAAGGAUCGCCAGCUUGAGAAUUGCGCGCCCUUUCCUUUGAAGGAGAUUGUCUCCAAGCACCCUGAACAGCAGGACUGAGGCCCUCAGAUGCUUCACAGGCAUGUCAUUGGCCAACGUCACACAGAGCGUGAUUUGCAAGGACCACAGUGCCAACCACCGGCUGCACCUGAUCGGCUACAGCCUGAUCUUCACCGCAGGUUUGCUGCUCAAUGUGGCCGCUAUCUGGAUCUUCUUGAACUACCUGAAACUCAAGUCGGUGGUGAGCAUCUACAUGCUUAACUUGGCCGCAAGCGACCUCCUGUUCACCAUUUCUUUGCCCUUCCGUAUUUACUACUAUUCCACGGAGCAGUGGCCCUUUAGAGAAUUCCUCUGCCAGGUCUCUGGCUCUGUCUUCCAAAUCAACAUGUAUGGUAGCUGCCUCUUCCUGAUGUGCAUCAACUUGGACCGCUAUGUGGCGAUUGUCCACCCGCUUCGCUGGCGCCACCUCCGGCGCCCCAGGCUAGCUCGGAUUGUCUGCCUUGUGGUCUGGGUGCUUAUCCUGGUGGGCUCUAUUCCCGUGGCUUAUGUCCACAAAUCCACUUCCUGUGUCAAAGACAGGACGACCAUCACUCUUUGCUUCGAGAACUUCAGUGAGGGCCUGUGGCAGAAAGAGCUCCUCCCCUUGAUCAUCCUCGCGGAGAUCCUUGGCUUUCUUCUGCCCCUGACCUCCGUUUCCUACUGCUCAGUCCGAAUCUUCCAGAAACUGUGCCAGGCUGGUGGGAUGCAGAGCCUGCGCCAACGGAAGACGCUUCGCAUGCUAGUGGUCAACCUGGUCAUCUUCAUUAUCUGCUUUGUGCCCUACAACGUUGUUCUGGCAGCGUAUGGGCUGAUAAAAGCCCAGCUGAUCAAGACUGACGUGCAAAUGAAGGAUUCGGUACGGCAGGCCCUGGUCAUCACUGUGAUAUUGGCCAGUAUGAACUGCACUCUGGACCCCCUGAUCUAUUACUUCAACACAGAGGGCUUCCGAAACACUUUUAAUAAACUGAGGAGGGCGCAAGCUUGGGACUCUGAAAUGGGAACACUUCAGAAUCGGGUAACUGAAAGUAAGUCCUACCAGGCAACAAGUGCCAAGCGAGGAUUCCCGGUCCAAACCUUAAUCCUCCCCUACGAGGGCUUGCCAUUUGUUCCCCCUAAGAUAUUUUUGAACAGCCCCAUUGAAGAUUCGGAAAUAUAAGCACGGGUGGGCUCUCCGACUGGUGACUACUGCAAAAAGUGCUUGCUAGGAAUUUCUGAAUGAUAAACAAAGGGGCGCGGGAUGUGAUGAAACAAAACUGUAAAGGGGGUAAAGCCUCUUAGAACAUGGAUGUAUGGAGGCAGUUUCAGACCUGUAGGGAGUAUGUUUACAUGACUACUGUAAUCUGUUUCAACACCCUUGGCAUUGUCUUCUUCUUUAGCGAUCACUCGUAGCCAAGUAAGAUUGUCUUCCAUAAACACCGUUUUAACCGUGGGUCCGUAGCUGACUGUGGAGGCCAAUUCUGGAUGCACACGUCCUUGCACAGUGGGGACUUAGGUUUCCGGGCAGGAGUUGAUCAUUGUGCCUUCCUCUUAGCAUGUUUCUCCCUUUCAUCCUGAGUUUGAGCAUCUUCAAAGCCCAUGACACCUUUGGGUAAAGGCUGUUCUCCAAUUGGAAUGCUCUCAGGCCAGUGUUUCCCAGUUGUCGUUGUUUAUACAACUUUUUUUAAGAUUUGCCUUGGGAGAGUCUUUAAACCUCUUUUGUUGACCACCAGCAUUACGCUUACCAUUUUUAAGUUCAGAAUAGAGUAGUUGCUUUGGAAGACGAUAAUCAGGUAUCCAUACAACACGACCAGUCCAAAGAAGUUGAUGUUGAAGAAUCAUUGCUUCAACACUGGUGAUCUUUGCUUCUUCCAGUACACUGGCAUUAGUUCUCUUGUCUUCCCAAGUGAUGUGUAAAAAAUUUCGGAGACACUGUUGCUGGAAUAUUUCGAGGAGUUGGAGAUGGUGUUUAUAAGUGGUCCACAGGCAUACAGUAAGGUUGAUAGUACAAUAGCUUUGUUAAAAAGCAUUUUGGUUUCCCUGCGAAAGUCCUAGUGCUCAAACACUCUGCACUUCAACUGCAACUUAAAGUGGAUUGGAUGCCUCUCACAUGUAACUUGUGUUCUUCUCAGCCACAUGGCAUCCCACACUAUCCCCCAUUUUCACUUGGAUUUUCCCAAUCCAUAAUACGGUAAGGAAAUAAAAUCGCAUGUUACCCAGCUGCCAACUACUGAAACGCAUUGUGUGGGUGGAGUUUCAUUUCAUUUUUACUUGUGUGGUGAGAUAUGUGCAUAUAUUUGCAAUGCAGGCUUCUGGCGAUGGUGGCAAUGGUGACUAGGGUGGUACUUUUAUUGCACCACUGUACAUGCUGAGCAAAAAGGAAAGGGAAGAAAUGCAGGUCCCUGCUUUGAGGACUGUACAAGUCGAAUUUCAGCAAUUGCAGGGACAACAAACAGGAAAGCCUGUGUCACAAGGGAUCGAUGUGAUUAAAAGCAUUUGUGAUUCCUUUGGCUUAAUUUUAAUUGAAGGAUAAAAGACGAACGGCUUAAGCCAGACUCCAUGGGGGGGGGGGAAGGGGGCUUGAAGUGGGGGUUGAUGGGAGACUAAAGGUGCUCUCAGACAGAGUUUAGUAUUGCAAGCAGGUCAUUCGGGUUUUGCAAAUGGAUUGUUACCAGCAGGUUCCCCACCACCAAUGUAUUGGUAGAAGAAGUGGAGCAGAGGGGCACGGCGACUGGCAUUUUGAAAAUGCUGACAUCAUAUAUAGACACUACAUUUGGUGCACCGAUCCCACAACGAAGUGCAGUAUACAGUACAUACACAUCUUGGAUAACAUUGUGUGAACAUGGAUUAAAAACUCAGGAUUUGAAAUGCAUUGGGUGCAUGUUCAGUAUUUACUGAGCAUUCAUCUGUUUGCAGGGAGGUUAUACAACCUUCUUGUAGAAUAUUGCAGAGUUGGACAGGGCCACAAGGGCCAUCUAGUCCAACCUGCUGCAAUGCAGGAAUCUUAUGCCCAAAUGGGGCUCAAACUCAAGACCCUGUGGAUUAUAUGGAACUUGCUGAUCUGACUGGAAGACUACGCGAGCAGGGAGAGGAGAAGGUGGAAGAGGAAUGAAAGAAAUUUAGAAUUUCUUAUAAAAAAUAUUGCAGAAUUGAUGUAUGAUGAGAAUUAUAAGCCAUUGUGAAGUUGCAGGUUAAGAAAUUAAGUGAGAUAUAAUUGAAAAUAGGUUAGAAUAUUAUAGUGAGUUGUAAAAUUGAGAAAAGGAUGUAAUUAGGUUUGGAAAAUAAGAUAUAGAAUUUGUCAAGAAUGAUAUGCAAUGAACUGUUAGAAGGGGGACUCGGGGAAGUCCCUUACUAAAAUGAGAAAAAAUGGAAUGUAUAUGUUGUUUUUUUCUUUUAACUCUUCUUCUUUUAUUUCUGAAUUUUUGAAUAUUGAUGUUAUAAUAAUGUAUGGAAGUUAUUCUUUUCUUUUUAUAAAACUUAAUAAAAACUAUUUAAAAACAACAACAAACAAACAAACUCAAGACCCUGAGGUUAAGAGUCUCAUGCUAUCCUCUGAGCUAUCCCACGUCCUUCCCAUGUACCAAGCAAGCAUUAUCCCACAUUUCCCGGUGCAUUUUCCUGUCACUUUCCCUAUUGGAAAAAUUCCUUGGCGGGCAGAGAGCAGAAGUGUUACGCCAGAGCUCCAAAUCAACUUAUGGUAAAUUGCACAACCUGAACUUGCUGGUAGGUGAAUGAAUCCCAUCUGAAAACACAAGGCAGAAGUGCAUGUUCUUCAUUCCAAUUUGCAAUCCUCCAAUUGAUUGUGAUAAAAUGAACAAUGAUGUAGCCACCAACAGACUACUGUGUGUGGUCCCAAGGAAUUGUCUACUAAGGAAACAUUGCUCGUUGCAAUUUUUGGAGAGGGGAGCGGGGAGCUCCCCAGUCCAUUUUCCUCACAAAGAUUGCUUUGUUUUCCCCCUGCUUCUGCAACCAUCACCUGCCCCUUACCAACCAAUUCCAGACUGUAUCAAAGGGUCAAAGUGGAUGAGGACCGAAUAGAAGCCCAUGGAAGAGUCCAGUAGUUUCCAGAGGGCCGUUUCAGUUGAGUGCAGGGAACAAAAGCCAUUUCGAGGAGAUCAAAAGCAGAGUUGGAAGAGAGACAGCAGGAAUAAGCUGUACCCUCCAGGUCCAGGAGGUUACAGGGGAAGGGUGUAACAAAAGGGGAAGGCUAUAGGAUGCCUGCUUGUGCCUUUCCUUGCACAGCUGCCUUGCAAAGUUAGUCAGUUGCAGUUCAAAUUAUCCAUUACUGCUGCCGCCACCCUACCCUCUGAGUACCUACACUCAGAAAGACAAAAGGCAAGAGUUGAGAGGUGACUGAUGUGAGCUAGAAGCUGGAGGCAAAAGUAGCAGGCUGGAGAGGCAGAGAGAGAAAGCUGGGCCUGAUUUCUCUUGGAACCCAAGGCAGUGACUAUGGGAGAAAACAAGACUUUUUGAGGUCUGAACAUAGCUGCCAAGUACCCCGUUUUCCCCGGGAAACCCCCGUUUUUACUUACCUUUUCCCGAUGGUCCCCUGUAUCACUUUGUCUCCCAUUU